UAGAUAUCCGCCUCUUUCCCGCCAAAACCUAAAAAUCCCCAUUUUCACGCCUUUUUGCCCCAUUUUUUCAAUCAAUCAAUCAAUCAAUCAAUCCUCCGUGCUCCGGUCGGCUAUUCGAGUAGUACUCAAAUGGAUAUCGAGAUGUACGACGGUGGUGGCGGCAGCAGAGAGAAAACCCUAACAGACUUUUUAACAGAAUUUUACUCCGAUCAAUUCCAGUCUAUCCUCUUUUCCUCCGAUCACCGCCUUCAUUAUCCUAUAAUUGUCGAUUUUGCUGAAUUUAUGGAAUAUGAUCCACUGCUUGCUGAUAAAAUCCUUCGCUAUCCGACCGAAUACUUGCCUAUUUUCGAUAACGCUGCUAAGUUAGCUCAGGAAAUUGUGUAUAAACAAGUUAAGAUAGUUUGGGAGCAGGAAAGUCAAAAGGACGAUUUCGAUGGCUCACGCCCAAGUAUUAAAGAAUUUGUUCAUGUUCGGAUUCAAAUGUGUGGUCCUACGCUGGAUGAUCCUGAAUUCUCUCCGAGCAUUGGACGUGUUCGUGUGAAACAUCGUGACAUCCUUCUCACUCUGAAGGGGACGGUAAUUAGAUCUGGAGCGAUUAAGAUGAUAGAAGGGGAAAGACAAUAUGAAUGUCGGAAAUGUAAACACAGGUUUAAAGUUCAUCCGGAACUAGAAAACAGGAAUGCCAUACAGAAGCCAACAUCUUGCCCUUCCAAGGAUCCAAAAUACUGUGAAAGCACCAGUUUUGAGCUUCUAGAGGGCAACCAAGUGUGUCAUGAUUUCCAGGAGAUGAAGAUCCAAGAAAGCACUCAGGUUUUAGGUGUUGGAGUUAUCCCACGCUCAAUUCCUGUUAUUUUGCAGGAUGAUCUUGUUGAUGUAGUUAAAGCUGGAGAUGAGGUGAUCGUCACAGGGAUUUUGACAGCUAAAUGGUCUCCAGCUCUGAAGGAUGUUCGCUGUGACCUUGAACCUGUAUUAGUGGCCAAUUGUGUGAGGCGAAUAAAUGAGAUAAAGUUGGAUAUCGAAAUCCCUGAUGAUAUAGUUAUGCAGUUUCAAAGUUUUUGGUCAGAAUAUAAAGAUACUCCAUUAAAAGGUCGAAAUGCCAUUCUUCAGGCUAUUUGCCCCCAAAUUUAUGGUCUCUUCACAGUGAAGCUGGCGGUUAUCUUGACACUUAUUGGAGGCGUACAACAUGUUGAUGCUUCUGGGACAAAAGUUCGAGGCGAGUCUCACCUUCUUCUGGUAGGAGAUCCAGGUACAGGAAAGUCACAAUUCUUAAAGUUUGCUGCUAAGCUGAGCAAACGAUCUGUUAUCACUACUGGGUUGGGAAGUACUAGCGCUGGAUUGACAGUCACAGCUGUCAAAGAUGGAGGUGAAUGGAUGCUAGAAGCUGGGGCCCUUGUCUUAGGUGACGGUGGACUUUGUUGCAUUGAUGAGUUUGAUAGUAUGAGGGAACAUGAUAGAGCAACUAUACAUGAGGCAAUGGAGCAGCAAACUAUCAGUGUUGCUAAGGCGGGUCUAGUAACCACUCUCAGUACAAGAACUAUUGUCUUUGGUGCAACAAAUCCCAAAGGCCAAUAUGAUUCUGAUCAAUCUAUAUCUGUCAAUACUACGUUAUCCGGACCUUUAAUAAGCAGAUUUGACAUAGUCCUGGUUCUCUUGGACACAAAAAAUCCAGACUGGGAUAAAGUUGUCUCAGAUCAUAUUCUUGAUCAGGCAGAACCAGAAAAAGAUAAUUGUCAUGAAGAUGAUGGUAAGAAGUGGCCCCUUUCCUUGCUCCGAAGGUAUAUUCACUAUGUAAAAGGCUAUUUUAGACCAACUCUAACUAAAGAGGCAGAAAAUGUUAUUUCAAAAUAUUAUCAACUCCAAAGAAGAUCUGCAACAAAAAAUGCAGCAAGAACCACUGUACGAAUGCUUGAGAGUUUAAUUCGACUUGCUCAAGCACAUGCAAGAUUGAUGUUUAGAAAUGAAGUUACUCGAUUGGAUGCCAUCACAGCGAUAUUAUGCAUUGAGUCAUCCAUGACCACAUCAACUAUCGUUGAUAGUGUUGGGAAUGCACUCCACUCAAAUUUUACAGAUAAUCCUGAUCAAGAAUAUGCUCAGCAAGAAACUCAAAUCCUUGCAAAGCUAAACAGUAUUGAUGAAUUCCCAGAUAUAAUUACCAUAUGAAUCUGGUCAACUUGACAUUAGCAAUCUAAUUGAUGUACCAGGCAAUAUAUUAAAGUUUGCUGUAUCGUUAUCUCACUAGAGCUGCACGCGUUUGUUUUGGAAUAGGAGGAUAUGGAAAUCGUGUCUAUGCAUUACAUAUUAUUAAU